CUACCUACCUAACCUACCUAACCUUAUCCUGCAUGCGAUUUGCCACAACCACAGUCGAAUGUUCAAAAUGACACAAAGAGUUUACUUCCUCGCCCACGGCCGAGUCCAAGGCGUAAACUACCGCUAUUUCGCGCAGAAGAAAGCCGCCGAACACGGCAUCACCGGAUGGUGUCGAAAUACGGAGCAUGGAAAAGUCGAGGGCGAGGCUCAAGGACCCGAGGACUCCAUCCACUUGUUCCUAAAGGAACUUGACAAAGGCCCAACGCCAGCUCAUGUCGUGAAGCUAGAUAGGGAACCCCGAGAUGUGCAAGAAGGGGAAGCGCGCUUCGAGGUACGAGGAUAAGGGUCAAGAGGUUACGUAACAGGUAGACU